GAAGAACUCAAUCUCGAACGCGCUGUUGCUUCAAGACGCGCCGAAGGCGGUGGGAGAGGUGCGCGCGACGACGCGAGCGCGCGCGAUGUUGGCGGCGGCGAAAAUGCGUCGAAGACGUGCGACUAACGACGACGCGCGCGACGGCGCGAUGACGCACGACAGGGCUCCGGCGCGAUUGGGACGCAGAUGUGCUCCAUUCUGGCCAUGUAUGACCCGAACGCGGCGAUGGAGGACGGACGAGAGGAGCUGAUGCGCGAGCUGAGCGCGCGCAUGCGAACGCGAGGGCCGGACGGCUCGGGAUAUUACGGUUCGAAGCGCUAUGGAUUGGCGCACGAACGCCUGGCGAUCAUGGACCCCGAGGGAGGCAAACAACCGAUCGUGUACGAGGACGCGGCGAAGACGUACGCGGUGUGCGCGAACGGUGAAAUUUACAACUUUCGUAAACUGCAAGCCAAGUACGGGUUGACGGCGGCGAAGACGGGAAGUGAUUCGGAGGUUUUGUUGCAGCUCUACAAGCAUCUCGGGAACGAGUUCGUGAAAGAGCUGAACGGAAUCUUCGGUUUUGUCGUCGUCGGUGACGACGGUGAGCACAUGAUCGCCGCUCGCGAUCACUGUGGAAUCAAACCGCUGUACAUCGGGUACGGCAAGAAUGGCGUCAUGUGGUUCGCGUCCGAGCUUAAAGCCAUCUGCGACCAAGACUGCGAACGCAUCGAAGAAUUCCCGGCGGGUUAUUACUGGACUCCGAAGGAAGGCUUUGUGAAAUGGUACAACCCGACCUGGGACUUUGACGACGCCGUCGGCACGAAAGACACGUCGCACGUUCGCGCGAUUCUCGAAGAGGCGAUUCUUGAUCAAACCAUGGCUGAUGUUCCGAUCGGGCUUCUUUUAUCCGGCGGUCUCGACUCUGCGGUCGUAUCUACUGUUUUAAAGCCGUUUCUUGAGGCGAGUGGGCAAGAGUACCUGUCGUUCACCGUCGGUCAAGAGGGUUCGCCCGACGUCACGGCCGCUCGUAUGAUGUCCGAGUUCUUGGGCACGAAGCAUCACGAGUACCUUUUCACCUCCGAAGAGGCGUGUGCGAACAUCGAAAACGUGAUUUACCAUCUUGAAACCUACGAGCCGGAGCUCAUCAGAUCCGCCAUUCCGAACUACUUCCUGGCUAAGCUCACGUCGCAGCACGUCAAGGUGGUCCUCACGGGCGAAGGCUCCGAUGAGCUUUUCGCCGGCUACCUCUACUUCCGCGAUGCACCGAGCUCCAACCACGUGCACAACGAACUCCGUCGCAUCUUUGGUCACCUGCACAACGUGAACUGCCAGCGUGCCGAUCGCAUGACGAUGGCUCACAGCUUGGAAGCGCGCGUGCCUUUCUUGGAUCCGCGCGUCAUCGACGCCGUGAUGGCGGUUGAUCCGAAGUAUAAAACAAUCGAAGGCGAAGAAAAGCCGGAAAAGCACGCGUUGCGCGCGUUGUUCGAUGGUGAGAUUCCUGACCCCGUGCUCUGGCGCACCAAGGCGAUGCAGUGCGAAGGCGUCGGCCUGAACUGGGUCGAGGACCUCCAAAAGUUCUGCGAAGAACAAAUAUCCGACGAAGAUUUCGCCAAGGCGGAGUCGACGUACCCAAUCAACCCUCCGCACAGUAAGGAGGAGAUGUACUAUAGACGCAUCUUCGAAAAGCACUACAAGGGGAUGGAUAAGUUUGUUCACGUGUGGGAGGGUGGAUGUCGCGCCGGUGGCGCCGCGUGGGAAAACGAUCAGUACACGCGCGCCGGCGUGAAGAACGUCAAGCAACUCGCGAAGGGUCUCACCGGCGUUAAAGGCGCGUAAGGAGUAUGGUUUGUCGUUUUGUGUUGAUUCUGUUUGUAUCGGUCGAGAUGCUCGAUAUAUCAUGUUGUACCUACGGUUUCUAUUCUUAG